AUGCCAGAGAGCAUGUCAGAGCGCUGCAGACAACACUUUACAGCAGCUGAUAAAGCGUUUGACACACUGCCAGGCGUCUAUGGGACGGUGAAGCCCAAGGUUGACAGCACUGUACAGUUCAGGCAAAACAGUCAUGCCUACUUGAAGAACCCUCCGCCUGAGUUUGACCCCAGAGCCGGAGUCAUUGGAUUUGCCGGGAUCCUGGGCCUUUUCCUCGGAAGAGGCUCCAGGCUGAAGAAAGUGAUCUAUCCGACUGGUCUAAUGGCUGUGUCUGCAUCAAUGUAUUAUCCUCAAGAGGCCGUGACCAUCGCAAAGUCUUCACGGAACACAGGAGACACAGUAUAUGACUGGGCACUUCAGGCUUAUGUUGCUGUGGAGAAACUCAUCAAAGGCAAACCUGCCUCAUAG